AGAAAUCAGGCGUAUGGUAUCUAUGCAUGAGUGGGAAGAUGCGUUUCUCGAUGGAAUCAAUAUUGUGUGGUCAAAUGGACAACAAUGGUGCUAAAGGGCGCAAACGUCCACAUGAAAGUUGCAAUAAAGACACCUGUGUCGGUAAAACUAAUAAAUGCAAAGAAUCGAACAGUGAAGUUUUGAGGGCAAGCGCAAGUCCAGAUCGACCGGAAAGUUCAUCGUUAAAUAGUACUGAAAAUAAUAUAACGCAUGCUCAAAGUUCAAGUUUACAAUCAUCACACUUAGCCGACAACAGUUUUUAUCCGGACGAGGAUAUAAGCAAUAAAAUCGAUGCAGAUCAGGCUAGUUGUAGCACUAAAUACACGAGCUAUUCUAAAUCAGGAAAUCAGGAAGGGAUUGCCGGCAGCGGAAAUGCUUGUAAUGAUGAGAAAAUGGGUAUCAUCAGGUCUUCUAGAUCGGAAGGUUCGGUAUCGCCAAAGUGGUCAACUAAUUUUGCCAGUAAUACCAAUCGACCUGGUUCGAGUUUGGAAAUAUAUCACGAACCACUUAGUUUUAGUUCAGAUGAUGAAGGCCAGUGCGAAGAUAACUCAAGGCAGACCAGCAAGCACAGCAGUAACCAAAGCAAGUCUGGUGCAACUAAGCCGGCUUACUCAUACAUUGCUUUGAUUGCAAUGGCCAUUCUGAAUAGCCCUGAUAAGAAGUUAACUUUAUCGCAAAUAUGCGACUUUAUAAUUAACCGAUUCCAGUACUAUCGAGAAAAAUUUCCGGCAUGGCAAAAUUCAAUCAGACAUAAUCUGAGUCUGAAUGAUUGUUUUGUUAAAAUUCCGCGAGAGCCAGGAAAUCCAGGAAAGGGAAAUUAUUGGGCAUUAGAUCCGAAAGCUGAGGAUAUGUUCGAUAAUGGAUCAUUUCUUAGGCGCCGCAAAAGAUUCAAGCGCCAGCAACCAGAACCGGAUUAUCAGUCAGUUGCUUAUCCGGGAGCAUCGUUUUUAUCUCCAGGUUCACCUUUUCUACCAUCAGCAUUCCUUGGAAGCUCUGGUGUUUCACCACUUCCUCGACUAACACCUAUCAGACCGGCUCCAUCGUUGGCAUUUUCACCGCUUGUGCCUCGUUUACCUGAAGUUUUUCCACCUCGAAUUCCUGUCGCCAAUCCACGAACAUUGGUGGUACCAUCAGCUACGCAUGCGCCUUCACCUUUCCCAUGCAUUCCCACGGGUAUAUCACCAACUACUGAUCACCAGAAGUUGCUUGCUACAAUAGCUGCAAAAGUUAUCGCAUCAUCGCAGAGUGACAGUACUCCUACGGUUUACAAGUAACACAAGAG